UCUAAAUAAGAAAGCACGAUUAUCAACUGUUACUGUUCUAGAGAGACUCCUCUUUUUUAGAGUGUGAUAUUUGGUGUUGCUUCUUGAUACCUGUUUUGGACUUAAGGAUGAGAUUUACAGACCGCCUUUGUACUGUGGCUACCAUGACAACAGAGGCGAGUGCAGUAAGCGAGGCGGACACUGAGGGCAAGCAGAAGGCCAGUAGCGCCAAGCCCGAACCUGAGCCAGAGAACAAGCAGAAGCCAGAGGCGGCCGCGGCCGAGCCGGAGGGGGAGAAGUCGAGCAAGAAGGCCCAGGAGCAGGCCUCUGAGCCUGGGCCUGCUGAUGUAGCUACCUCCCCUGAGGAGGACCAGCUAAAGCCUCGCACCCGGACCUCUGCUGGUAAAGGCCUGUCUCGCCUCUUCUCCUCUUUCCUUAAACGGCGCUCACAGUGCUCUGAGGGAGAGGGGUUUGAGGUAGAGAAAGCCAGAGAGGAAAAGGCAGACAAGGAGGAAAAAGCUGACAAGCCAGAGGAGGAAAAGGAGGAGGAGGAGGUGAAAGGUGAAGAGAAGGAGGCUAAAGUAGAGGAGGCAACAUCUGAGGCAAAAGAGGUUAAAAAGAAAGAGGUAAAAGAAGAAGAGAAAGAGGAGAAAAAGAAAGAGGAAGAAAAGGUUGAGAAGAGGGGAAGUAAAAAGAAAAAGAAAGAAGCCAAGAAGAAAGGAGAGAAAAAGGAUGAGGACAAGGUGAAACAGGAAGAGGAAAACUUGAAAAAGAAAGAGGAACAAAAAGAGGAGGAGAAGGCAGAGCAGACUGUAGAAAAGGGGGUGGAAAAAUCAGAGACAAAAGAAGAAGAAAAGAAGACAACUGCUGAAGUUAAAGAGAAGGGGGCAGAAUCCGGGAAGAAAGAGAGUAAAGACGAGGAAAACAUUGACAAGAGGGUUGCAAAGAAAAAAGAGAAGGAGGAAAAGGUAAAGAAGAAGGAAGAAGAAAAAGCAAAGAGGAAAGCUGAGGAAGAAGAGAGGGUAAAGAAGAGGGAGGAAGAGAAAGCAAAAAAGAAAGAGGAAGAAAAGAGCCACACUAGCUCUUUCCACCUGCUCUCAGUUGCUGUGCUGGGCUAA